CGAGUAUAAUAUGGACCGGGCUAAUAAGUAACCGAAAGCCUGACCCGACAAGUUCCGGGUCAUCAAUUACUCUCUUCUUCUCCCCCAAGCAACUUCCCUUCAUAAUAAACUCACAAAUCAUCUCAAUAUUUGCCCUAAUUCCCCAAUUAAUUUCACAGAAAGAGUCAGAUCAACAAUCAGGCAAAGAUGGAAUGUGUUUUCGGAAUGGUGGGAAAAGGGUUUGCUCUGGUGGUAGCAGAUUCAUCGGCGGUCAACAGCAUUCUCGUUCACAAAUCAAACGAAGACAAGAUCAUGGUUCUUGAUUCUCACAAGCUUAUGGGCGCCAGUGGUGAAGCUGGUGAUCGAGCUCAAUUCACAGAGUAUGUACAGAAAAAUGUUGCUCUGUAUCAUUACCGAAACGGAAUCCCAUUGACUACCAAGGCUGCUGCAAAUUUCAUGCGUGGUGAGCUUGCAACAGCUCUAAGAAAGAAUCCUUAUAUGGUGAACAUUGUGCUAGCGGGCUAUGACAAAGAAACAGGCCCAUCUCUAUACUUCAUCGACUACAUUGCAACCCUGCACAAGGUCGACAAGGCAGCAUUUGGUUACGGGUCAUACUUUGCAUUGUCAAUGAUGGAUCGUCACUACCACCCAGACAUGACGGUUGAUGAAGCCAUCAAGCUAGCUGACCAGUGCAUCGAGGAAAUAAGAUCCAGGCUCGUUGUGGCUCCACAGAAUUUUAUCAUCAAGAUUGUGGACCAAGACGGGGCCCGUGAACACUCGUGGCGUAGGACCACAAAGGAUUAAAAGACGGCUGUAAUACUUUAGGAUCAUGUUUGGUUCUCUCUUUGUUUGUUAUCUUGGUGAAGAUUUGGGACUAAAUGUUGGACCUUGACGGUUUGAUUUGUUAUGUGAUCGUUGAACUGUUAUAUUGUUCUGUAACGGAAAAGUUCUUUGUUGAAGAUGCUAU